UUGGCCCCGCCCCCUGGCGGCGGCGGCCGGGCCAUGGCGAGGCGGGGCAGGGUUUUGUCUUCUGGAAGGCUAACAGGAGCAGCUAAAUUAACAAGUGGAAGAAAACAGUCUGGCUUAAGAAAAGGACGUCAUUCUGAGUUUGAGUCUGGACACUCAUUCUAUUCCACUGACUCUGAUGAUCAGGUUGACACUGUUCAUAAUGGACUUGACCGUUGUGCAGCUUUACUGAAGAAUAUUUUACAGAAUGAAGCUACAGGAAGGGAAACUACCUGUCAACAACCUGGGAAAAUCGCUUCUGUUAAAAUUACUUCCAAGCCUUUGCUAACCAAAGGAAAUACUUCCAAGAAGAAAGAGUUGAAAAAACCCAUUACUCCUGCCCAUGUCCGAAAAGAAAUUGUGCCAAUAUCAAAUAGAAGACUUGCCUUGUCCACCUUACCUUCUACUGAGAAAGACCUUUCCAGUGCAGAACAGAAUCGGAUGGUUCAACCAAUCCAUGUGCCUUGCAGUCAGCACACUCCUGUGAUGCAUCAGAAACUGUGUGAGCAUGUGCAAACUCAGGUGUCUCUCAUAACUGGCCAACCAUCACGGAACUCUAAUGAAAUGCCUGCUGUAACUUCUUGUCCUACUUCAAAUCAUGGAUGUCAAAAUAUUACAGCUUGUAAUUGCCAAUUGCCUACCUCCACGCCAGCUCUGACCCUGCAGCAGUCAGCUAAACUCUUAUCUACUUGUUCAAGUGUUCCUUUAGAUGGUAGCGGUGAAUGUGUGCCAGAGAGGAGAGGUCCUGUGCUUUGCCCGGUAGUUCCUGCUGCUCCUACUACUGCUGUGCAAAUACAGUCUGCUGCUGCUCUUCCUAGUGUGAUCCCCUGUGUAGCAUCAGGUGCAUCAUGUAACUCUACAAUGCCUGCGUUCACCCCAUCAUCUUCUGGCAGAGAGAUGACUCCACACCGCAAGCAACAGAUAAAAGAAGCAGAUUUGAUAAGAUGCAUACAAGCUCACCUGGACCUGUUGAAGUCACAUGAUGUGAUGAAUGGCAAGGCUGAACAAAAGCACCAUCGUAAUCCAGGAAAACGUAAUGCUUCAAGUGACAAAGAGGAGGAUGCUUCUGAAGAGCACAGUGAAGACGUGAUCAGUGAAGAAGAUGGAUUGAAGGUACUUGACAGAUCCCCUGUGAGAGAUACAAGCUGUAAGACAAGUUUUGUGAAGAAAGUUCUAAAAUCUAGAAAAGAAUGCUCAGAAGAAACAGCCCAUAAAGUUAAGACUGUAAAAUAUCUUCUGGGAGAGCUCAGAGCACUGAUAACGGAUCAAGAUGAUUCUGAAAUGUUGAGGUUGAUGAGUGAAAUAGAGGAUUGCGUAUCGUUGCUCCCAGCUGUAGUGGAAAGUACGAAUAUACAAGCAGAAAUAGCACUAGCUUUGCAGCCUCUCAGAAGUGAAAAUGUCCAGCUGCGUAGGAGACUAACAAUAUUAAACCAGCAUCUUGAGGAACGAGAAAGAAGCGAGACGAUAUCUGGACAGAGCUGCAACAAUGAAUUAGUUUCUUUGCAGUCCUUGAAUGUAAUGCUUCAGAGUCAAUUGAAGGAAUCACUGAAGGGUCUUGAGUCACUGCAGGCUAAAAAUGAAGAACUACUUAAAAUAAUAGGAAAUCAGAAAGAAGAAAAUAGACGUUUGGCAAAAGAUAUUCAUGAUAAAAAAGAAGAAUUGCUUGAAAACAAACAGCAUUAUGACAUUCAUUCCACCAAGCUCAGAAUCGAAGUGGACGAGGCGCUAGCAAAGGUGACGAGCCUUCAGUUUAAGCUGGAAGCUUCAGAGAAAGAAAAUAAGAUUUUGGGCAUAACGUUACGUCAGCGUGAUGCAGAAGUUAACAGACUGCGUGAAUUAACCAGAACCUUGCAGGGCAGUAUGGCCAAGCUUCUGUCUGACCUUACAGCAGACAACUUUAAAUCCAAACUCCAGAAAGGUCUCUCCAGGUCUCUUUUGGAAGACCACAAUAAGCAGAUGCAACCCGAUCCAUUCUCCUUGAGUACUUCAGUAAUGAGUUACCUUAACAAAUUAGAAAUGGAUCCUGUUUUGACAGAUACAGAACCUCAAUUCUCAAAUAAAAGUGGAGAAUUAGAAAUGCAAAAUCUAGCCUAUGAGAAGUUUGCUGCUGAAAGAGGUAAAAUAAACAGUACAUUCUCAGAAGGAACAUCAACUCCAAGAAUACUACUAACCUCGCUGAAGCAAGAUGCAGAAACCGUUAGUGAUUCUGGGACUUUAAUAGAUGACCAAAACAAGCUGAAUGAGACUGUUUAUAUCCCAUUGACUUGCAGUGCCUCUAUAAAACAGCAGCCAAUCUCUGAAAGAACUGGUGUGCCACCCCAAAGUAGAGGGGCUCGUAGAAUGUUAGACUAUCACUGUGAGCUCCCAAACUCUGUGCAGCAGAAUGGAUGUGAUAUUGCAAAGGAUCCAACUAUUCUGGAUAAAUUAAGUGCUGGGUACAAUGUGAAAAUGGCUAUGGAAGACACGCUCAAAGUUACAGGAGAUGAAGUGAGGCCAGAAGGAGAGAAAUUCCAAAUAAGGCCAAAACGCACUCCCAGUGGAGCUGUGAAAGACUUCACAAACCAACCAGAUCAGCCUCAGCCUGGUGUACACCCUCCCGCACCAGUGCUGUUUGAGAAAGAGAUUUCUCAGAGAAAAGGCAGUGGAAUAGCUGAUUUUAAUUCUGUUUCAUUUGAUGAUAUAUCUGGGAGGUCUGAAUGGAGUGCGACCUCUUUCUCAACAUUUACUUCUCGAGAUGAAGAGGAUUUUAGGAAGACCUUAGCAGCCUUGGAUGCCAACAUAGCUAGGUUACAAAAAACUCUGCAAAAUAGCAUUAAACAAUGAAUACAAGGAAACAAAACAGGGUGUUUGGAUUCUUCAGAUUUUUCUGAAGUAUAUUAACAUAAGUGUGGUACUGAUAUGAAUAUUUGUGUUUUUUGGAAUGAAAUGAUUGAUUCCUAGCUGUUUAAAAUGUGAAUGGGAUUUGUUUCUCAUUAAGCUAUGGUGCUGCUUCACUGGAUAUGCUCAACUUGAAAUAACUGGCAUAAAUGCCUUUUUUAAAAUUAUGACAGGUUUGUACUUUUUAAUUGCAUAAUUAAUUCUUAGAACAGCACUUGAUAGCUGUUUAAGAAACCGGUGUGCUGUUAUAUAGUUUUUCUAUUAAAUCAUAAAGUAUGUUUGCGUGGGAGUUUUGUGUGCUUUUUCGAAGUACUGAGAACAGCUUUGAGAGGGUUGCAUUUGAAAUCAGCUACAGAUAUAAUAAAGAGAAAUUUUUAUUUCAUUGUAAUUUGUUAUAAAAUUGGGU